AUGGCGAAAGGCAAGAAGAAGGCAUCUAAGGCCAGUUCUGCGAGUAAAAAGGCAGUUGAGCCAGAAUUGGAUGUCCAAGAAGCACCACGGGCACCAGACACUUCUGAGACUCCAGCGAGUUCAAAAGUUCCAGAAACAUCAGCCGUGAGCCCCAGCGUCGAAAAAACAAUUCUUAAUGAUUCACCUCAAGCGGUGCUUGAAAUGCACGAAGCGGACGGAAUGAAACAACAAAACGCUGAAAUAUUGGAAUUAAGGAAGCAGAUCGCCGAUUUAAAGACGCAAGUACAGUCUCAACCAGUGGUAGCGGUUGCGGACGAGGAUCUAAGUACACAAUUGGCACAGGUUCAGGAAGAAAGAGAUCACUUCGAACACCAAUACGAUUCGCUACUGAGUAGGUUGUCGUCAAUGAAAUCGGUUUUCAGCAAGAUGCGAGAGUCACAGGAGGAAUUGGAGUCAUGCCAAGAGCAGUUGCGAGAGUAUGAGUCUCAAAACCUAAGUUUGAGAAACAAGCUGGAUUCCACGAAACGGGAAAAUGAAGAGCUCCGUGGUCUGACAAGUACACUCAAUCAGGAGCUUUCGGGAUUGGACUCUGAAAAUGAGCGGCUUUCGGACAGGUGUUCUCAAGCCGAAGACAAAAAUGCUACUUUUGAAGCAAAUAUAGAAAGACUGAAGUCGCAACAUACCUCAGAAAAUGUUCAAUUGGAAACAAAAAUUCAAGAGCUGGAGCUCUUACUUGACAACUUGAAGCAAGACUCUAGGGAGUUGAAAGAAGAGUUAGAAGAUGUUACGCAGCGAUUGCUAACAAGCGAAAGAUCAAAGUCAGUGGCAGAGGAAAAGCUGGCUGAAUCAGAAAGCAAAUUGGAGCGAGAACUUGCUAGCAGUCAGAAAAGAUCAAUUGAAAAAGACGAAAUCAUUAAAAGUCUGGAGGAGCAAGUCCAGGAAGGCCGGACCUCAAACGAAAAGAUGGAAGUGACAUUGGCGUCACUCAAGUCUCAGGUAGAAACUAUGAAGGAAGACGUGGCACAGAAGGAGGAACUUCAAAAACAAUGCAAAGAAAAAGUGCUACAGGUUGGAAAGUUGCGCCACGAAGCCAUCAUCCUGAAUGAACACCUAACCAAGGCCCUAGCAAUGCUAAAGAAAAGCAGUGACUCAGAAAAUGUUGAUAAAGAACUUAUUUCUAACCUGCUUAUUUCAUUCGUGUCCAUCCCUCGCGGUGACCACAAGAAAUUCGAAGUCUUAGAGCUAAUUUCGAGCUUUCUGAACUGGGACGAUGACAAGAAACAACAAGCCGGUCUAAUAAAUGCACCCAACGGGAUUAACUCAACGGCUAAUGGGUCCAGAACCCAAAAUUUUGUGUCACUAUGGACCGAGUUCUUAGAAAAGGAGAGCGAAAAAUAA